GAUGUACAUGGAGGAUGACUGAAAAAGCCAAUGGUGUGAAGAGCUCACCAGCUAAUAACCACAACCACCAUCCUCCCCCUGCUAUCAAGGCCAAUGGCAAAGAUGACCACAGGACAGGAAGUAGGCCACAGUCUGCGGCUGAUGAUGAUACUUCCUCAGAACUGCAAAGGCUGGCAGAGAUGGAUACCCCACGGAGGGGGAGGGGUGGCUUCCGAAGGAUCGUCCGCCUGGUGGGGGUCAUCAGAGACUGGGCCAACAAGAAUUUCCGUGAGAAGGAACCAAGACCUGAUUCAUUUCUAGAGCGUUUCCGUGGGCCUGAGCUCCAGACCGUGACGACACAGCAGGGGGAAGGCAAAGGCGACAAGGACGGCGAUGGAAAGGGCACCAAGAAGAAAUUUGAACUGUUCGUCUUGGAUCCAGCUGGGGACUGGUACUACCGCUGGUUGUUUGUCAUUGCCAUGCCUGUCCUUUACAACUGGUGCCUGCUGGUGGCUAGAGCCUGCUUCAGUGACCUCCAGAGAAACUAUUUUGUGGUAUGGCUGGUGCUGGACUACUUCUCAGAUAUGGUCUACAUUGCAGACCUCUUCAUCCGAUUGCGUACAGGCUUCUUAGAGCAGGGACUUCUGGUCAAAGAUCCCAAGAAACUGCGAGACAGCUACAUCCAUACCCUGCAGUUCAAGCUAGAUGUGGCUUCCAUCAUACCCACCGACCUCAUCUAUUUUGCUGUGGGCAUUCACAGCCCUGAGGUACGCUUCAACCGCCUGUUGCACUUCGCCCGCAUGUUUGAGUUCUUUGACCGCACUGAGACACGCACCAGCUACCCCAACAUCUUCCGAAUCAGCAACCUGGUACUCUACAUCUUGGUCAUUAUUCAUUGGAAUGCUUGUAUCUACUAUGCCAUCUCCAAGUCCAUAGGCUUUGGGGUUGACACCUGGGUUUACCCCAAUAUCACUGACCCAGAGUAUGGCUACCUGGCUAGGGAGUACAUCUAUUGUCUUUACUGGUCCACACUGACCCUCACCACCAUUGGGGAGACACCACCACCUGUAAAGGAUGAGGAGUACCUAUUUGUUAUCUUUGACUUCCUGAUCGGUGUUCUCAUCUUUGCCACCAUUGUGGGUAACGUGGGCUCCAUGAUCUCCAACAUGAAUGCCACACGAGCAGAGUUCCAGGCCAAGAUCGAUGCCGUCAAACACUACAUGCAGUUCCGCAAGGUCAGCAAAGAGAUGGAAGCCAAGGUCAUUAAGUGGUUUGAUUACCUGUGGACCAAUAAGAAAACAGUAGAUGAACGGGAAGUUCUCAAGAACCUGCCAGCGAAGCUCAGGGCUGAGAUAGCCAUCAAUGUCCACCUAUCCACUCUCAAGAAGGUGCGUAUCUUCCAGGAUUGUGAGGCUGGCCUGCUGGUAGAGCUGGUACUGAAGCUUCGACCUCAGGUCUUUAGCCCCGGAGAUUACAUUUGCCGUAAGGGGGACAUUGGCAAGGAGAUGUACAUCAUCAAGGAGGGCAAGUUGGCAGUGGUAGCUGACGAUGGUGUGACUCAGUAUGCCUUGCUCUCAGCUGGGAGUUGCUUUGGAGAGAUCAGUAUCCUUAACAUUAAGGGCAGCAAAAUGGGCAAUCGGCGCACAGCCAAUAUCCGUAGCUUGGGCUACUCAGAUCUCUUCUGCUUGUCCAAGGAUGACCUUAUGGAAGCAGUGACUGAGUACCCAGAUGCCAAGAAGGUCUUAGAAGAGCGGGGUCGGGAGAUCCUGAUGAAGGAGGGGCUCCUGGAUGAGAAUGAAGUGGCAGCCAGCAUGGAGGUGGACGUGCAGGAGAAGCUGGAGCAGCUGGAGACGAACAUGGAGACCUUGUACACUCGCUUUGGCCGCCUGCUGGCAGAGUACACCGGAGCCCAGCAGAAGCUCAAGCAGCGCAUCACAGUGCUGGAGAUUAAGAUGAAACAGAACCACGAGGACGAUUACCUAUCUGAUGGGAUAAACACCCCCGAGCCAGCUGCUGCUGAGCGGCCAUAGGCGCCUCUCCAGCCUUGCUUUGACCCCAGGAGCUAGAAGUGUUGUAUAGAUCUCCACAUUUACAUGCAUUAUUCUCAUAUCCCUCUGAAGUCUCCUCAAGGCCUUGCUGAGGCAUAGGGUUUUGGUCUCAACAUCUUGAAGCUCCCCUUUAAGUGUAGCCAAUGGCCAACCCGCGGAUAGUGCAGAUCAUGAGGGCUGGGCUUCCAGGAGCUUCAGCCUGCCUGUGUCUGAGAAGGAAUGUGGGGACAGCUAAAUUGUUCUUCAGGGGUCUGUC